AUGCCUGAGAGCAACUCUGCUGCCAAUUGCUGCGAGGCUGGCGGGCUGGCAAUGCGCCCUACUUGGACCGGGUCAGCGGACACAGGACCACCAGGGACUCCCCGGGCUACUUGGGUGGCUCCCACGCUAUCUACAGUGAUAAUUGUCACCACAGUCCUGGAUGUCGUGGGAAACCUCCUUGUCAUCCUCUCUGUGCUCAGGAACCGCAAGCUGCGGAAUGCGGGUAACUUAUUUGUGGUGAGUCUGGCCUUGGCUGACCUUAUGAUAGCCUUGUACCCUUUCCCAUUGAUCCUCGUGACUAUUGUACACAAUGGUUGGGUCCUAGGAGAGGCCCACUGCAAAGCCAGUGCCUUCGUGAUAGGCCUGAGUGUCAUUGGCUCCGUCUUCAAUAUCACAGCCAUUGCCGUUAACCGCUUCUGGCGCAUGUGUCACAGUGCAACCUACCACCGGGUCUGCAGCCACCGGCAUGCCCUCCUCUACAUCUGCCUCGUCUGGUUCCUCACUCUGCUGGCCUUGGUGCCCAGUUUCUCUGUGGGGAACCUAGACUAUGACCCACGCAUCUAUUCCUGCACCUUUAACCAGACGAUCAGCAGCCGGUACACAGCAGCUGUGGUGGCCGUCCAUUUUCUCCUUCCAAUAACUGUGGUAUCCUUCUGCUACCUGCGAAUCUGGGUACUGGUGCUCCAGACCCGAAGGAAGGCCAAGGCUGAAACUCAGCCACGUCUGAAGCCUGGUGACGUACGCAGUUUCCUAACCAUGUUCGCCGUGUUUGUGUUUUUUGCCAUUUGCUGGGCCCCACUCAACUGCAUUGGCCUUGCAGUGGCCAUCAACCCAGAAGUGAUGGCCCCCCAGGUUCCAGAGUGGCUCUUCGUCGCCAGUUACUUCCUAGCUUACUUCAACAGCUGCCUUAAUGCCAUUGUCUAUGGGCUCCUGAACCAGAACUUCCGCACGGAAUACAAGCGGCUCCUCUCAGCGCUCUGGAACAUUAGAUGCUGUUUCCAUAUCGCUUCCAAAUGCUGCCUUGCUAAGGAGCCACAGAGCCCAGCACCAUCUUCUUCCAGGGCUCCCAUGCCUGUCCAGGAGGGUGGUCUCUAG